CAGGUUGUUUACGCCAUGAAAAAAAGAGAGGGAGAAGAUGCUCUUCUUUAUUAGAUUAUGUAAAGCAACAUGUGGUAUCUUCCGAAUUUGUUUUGCUACGAAGUUAUACAUUUCAUUUUACAGGUUGUGUAGUUGCGACCUUCUUUGAAGACCCAUUUGCUCCUGAAUGUGCAUCAGGAACUGGCCUCUGUCAGCAAUUUCCUUCGUACUCAAAAACGAAACAGCUUCUAAUGGAAGAUAAAGCCAAUUCAAAACGAGUAAAUAAGUGGGUGGCUCCAUCCUUCUCUGAUCCGUCUGACAAAAAGCUUCGGUCUGGAAAGAGAGAGGAUUUGAGCUCCCAACCUGAAGGCAAGCGGUCUUGGAGGAGAAAAGGCGACACAAAUAGCUUUCUUCGGCUGACAAAAUCAAGUGAAAGAGAUCCAGAUAAGCCUUGGGUUGACAAAUAUUCACCUUGUUCACAGGAUGAACUUGCUGUCCACAAAAAGAAGAUUGAAGAAGUUGAGAACUGGUUGAGAGCCCACACAAAUGUGUCAAAGGGUGGUGUUUUGAUACUGACAGGACCAGCGGGCUCAGGAAAAACUGCAACAGUCAAAGUUCUGUCUUUGGAGCUGGGCAUCAGAGUUCAGGAAUGGACUAACCCAUCAAGUGCAGAACCAUACCCAAGCAGUCUGCCUGAAUGGAGAUCGAAAGGCUUGUUUUGCAGCUCUCAGUUGACCCAGUUUCGUGAGUUUCUUCUGAGAGUUAACAAAUACCAAUGCUUGAAGAUGAAAGAUGACAGAGAGGCUACAAUCAAGAGGCUUAUCCUGGUGGAGGAUUUUCCAAACCAGUUCUACAGGCAGCCUUGCAGCUUGCAUGACAUCUUGAGGUUCUUUGUGAAGAAUUCUCUGUGUCCAAUGGUGUUUAUAGUAUCUGGCUGUCGAAGUGGAGAAGGCAGCUUAAGGUCUCUUUUCCCAAAAGAGAUUCUGGAGGAGCUGCACAUCAGCUGCAUCAGCUUUAACCCUGUUGCUCCAACAACAAUGAUGAAGGUUCUGAAAAGCAUUUUAUACAUGGAGGCAGAAAAGCAGAGGCAUAAGAGGUUGCAUGUCCCUGACAAGACAGUACUGGAACUGCUUUGUUCAGGAUCAUAUGGGGAUAUACGUAGUGCCAUCAAUAGUCUACAGUUUUGCUGUCUCCCAGAAAAAGGAUCAUGUUCAUUGAAGAAACCACCUGCAAUGUUGAUGGAUAGAACUGCUACCCUAUCAAAAAAGAGAGGGAAAGGGGCAUGGUCAACCAAAGAGCAGGAAGAGCACCAGGCUAUUGGUGGGAAAGAUGUUUCUGUCUUCCUGUUCAGGGCACUGGGAAAGAUUUUGCACUGCAAACGUGGGAACUGUGAAGGUACAAAUGAAAAUGAAAGUGCCUCUGGACCUGGCUUACCAUUACACCUUUUGCAACAUCAUAGAGAAGCAUUACUUGUGCAGCCCGAGUUAAUUGUUGAGCGUUCACAAGCUUCUGGAGAGUUUUUCAGCCUGUGCCUCCAUCAGAAUUACCUGGACUUCUUCUCUGAGAUAGAGGAUGUUGACAGAGCCAGCGAGUAUCUAUCUGAUGCGGAUCUCCUCACAGGAAAUUGGACGAUUCAAAACAUAAUAGGGGAUUAUGGAUCUUCAGUGGCAACUAGGGGGUUGAUUCACUCAAACUCAUGUCAUCUCUCUGUUGGCUUCAAACCGCUGCACAAACCCAGUUGGUGUCUAGUCAACAAAAAGCACCAGAAAAACAGUCUGGCUGUCCAAUCUGUGUUCAGGAGCUUCGGUCUUACACCAGUUGGUCUACAAACUCAACUGCUGCCUUUCUUUUCCAAACUUUGUAACCCUACAAUCAGUCAAGCACAGACAGCUAUUAUCCAGGAUGUGGGUCAGAUGUCAUUGAGGAGAUGGUCUUGCAGACUAAAACUGGAAAAUCUAAAAGACCAAGUAAUGGGCCAGGAGUUCGAAGAAGAGGAGGAAGAGGAAGUACAUUGUAGGAUUGAGAAAGGUCUACAAGCCAGUCAGUACCAACUUAUUGCAAACCAAGCUCUCAUGGAGGAGGAGGACCUGAUAAUAGAGGAAUAUGAAAGUGACUGAUGCAAAUGCCACUGGCAUUCGUUUGCUGUUUUUCAUUGAAAUAUUCCUUUACUCUUUAUUCUAACCCUUAUUCCCGUAUAAUCUGUUUUAGGUAAAUUAAGUUUGUUUUGCCAAAACGUUGGAAGUUUUCAAACAGUAAUUGCAGAUGAUAUCAAAUUCCUUCAACACAGGUUAGACUUAAAUCCAGUGAGGUAAAACACGGGUAAGGGUUAAGGGUUUAACAAAAAAUCCAUAUACUGAAAUUCUUUCCACCGUGACCUUAUUUGUUAAAAUGUCAUUUAUGAAAACAAGUCAAUAAAAGAAGGAAAAGAUGUCUAAGUGCACAAGCCAUGAUUCAAUACUCCCAUGACAAAAAUGCAUUUAAAAUAACAUUAAUUUAUGUAGCUUUUUCUCUUUAAGCUUCACUUUUUCUACAUUGUUGAUGUGAAAAGUUGACUGCCAUUUACAUAUAUAUGUUUCUCCAGUGUUAUCAUGGUUCUACCGCACAUUUCUGCCAAUUUUGACAGUGAUUAAUUCAUUUUAGUGUCAGUUGUUUUUUCUGUUGUAGAUUUACUGCAGGUUCACUCUCCAGUGUUGGCCAAGCUUGAUAUUUUAAACUGCUUUACAUUUGACUCUAGAAUACUUUUGUACCCAAAGAUUUGUAUGUUCACCUAAUUAACUACAGGUUGUUCCUAUGGCUGCAAAAAAAGGCCCAAACUAUAACUUCCACUGUGCUGUAGAAUAAGUAUGAGUUCUUGGUGCUGAUAUGCUUUGUUUGGUUUUCACCAAAUACUGUGCAUUACUGUAAUGCCUCUCAACUUUGUGCUAUUUUGUUUAAAGGACAUCUGGUUUAAUUUGUGAUACUGACAAAGAUUCUCAGCUAUGUUUUCCAUUUGUGAGGUAGUAAAGUGCUGAUGUUUAGUUGAUUAGGUUUUCCUUUUCUUUGAAUUCUUACCAUAACAGCAUGCAUAUACUUUUUUUUAGAUAUAGCUUUAAAUUAAGUGUGAUUUUGUAUUCAUUAAAUAAUUACAGGAGUGAA